UUUCCGUCGUACUCGUGUUUCCGGGUUGGGUCUCCUCCUCCUCCCGGUGGAACUUGCAUCAGCCCGCCGGUUCCACAGCGACAUGACGGAACAUCGGAGGCGGUGGAGGAGCAGAGGACCGGGGGGCAUAUGUUGUUCUAGAGCCGGUGACCGUGUGAGGAGGGACCAGUAAACAGAUGUGUGCUCAUCCAGGUGUUUGACUGUGAACAAAGUGCAAAGUACACACACACACACACGCACACUGUCCCUGUUUGCAUCUCUCACAUGAGCCUUUUUCACGCUCUCCGGUUUUUACAAGCUCGUUUCUGGUUUUGAUUUUUGCACCGAUCAUGUCGUCUCUUCUGCUGGGAGUCAUACGGAGACAGGGUGGCGUUGGGGCAAAUGUCACAGUUCGGUCCCUGGCCUCACUUAACUCGCUGCCCCCGGCAGUGGCUGAGUUUGUCAAGGGGGCGGCAGAGGAGUGUAAGCCCACCGGUGUUCAUGUGGUAACAGGGACACCCGAGGAAACGGCCAACAUCCUCGCAGGUCUGGAGAAGGAUGGGAUGGUCAAGAAGCUUUCCAAAUAUGACAACUGUUGGUUGGCACGUACAGACCCAAAAGACGUUGCUCGAGUGGAGAGCAAGACUGUGAUCGUGACCAAGAACCAGAGGGACACCAUCCCCAUCCCUGCUGAUGGCGUGAAGAGCCAGCUCGGCAGCUGGAUGUGUGAGUCGGACUGGCAGAAAGCCAGAGUGGACAGAUUCCCUGGCUGCAUGGCAGGUCGGACCAUGUAUGUGAUUCCCUUCAGUAUGGGUCCUGUUGGCUCCACUCUGAGUAAAUAUGGCGUCCAGGUGACGGACUCGCCGUACGUCGUGGCCAGUAUGGGGAUCAUGACACGCAUGGGGACACCAGUCCUGAACAAAUUGGCAGAAGGAGUGGAGUUUGUCCGCUGCCAGCACUCUCUAGGACGACCUUUACCACUCAAAGCCCCUCUGGUCAACUCGUGGCCCUGUAACCCAGAGAAGGUGCUGAUAUCUCACCUGCCGGACACCAGGCAGAUUAUGUCCUUCGGCAGUGGCUAUGGAGGAAACUCUCUCUUGGGAAAGAAGUGCUUCGCCCUCCGCAUUGCUUCCCGCAUUGCCAAGGACGAGGGCUGGCUUGCAGAGCACAUGCUGAUCCUGGGUAUCACCAACCCCCAGGGAGUAAAGCGUUACGUAGCGGCGGCCUUCCCCAGCGCCUGCGGUAAAACCAACUUGGCCAUGAUGAAACCAUCUUUGCCAGGCUGGAAGGUCGAGUGUGUGGGAGACGACAUUGCGUGGAUGAAGUUUGACAGCCAAGGUAAACUGAGGGCCAUCAACCCAGAGAACGGUUUCUUCGGCGUGGCCCCUGGCACCUCGGACAAGACCAACCCCUACGCCAUGGCCACCAUCGCCAAAAACACAGUGUUCACCAACGUCGGUGAGACCAGCGAUGGAGGAGUGUGGUGGGAAGGACUUGCCCCACCUGCCCCCGGCGUCACACUCACAGACUGGCACGGCAAAACCUGGAAGCAAGGAAGUUCGACUCUUUGUUCCCACCCCAACUCCCGCUUCUGCGCCCCAGCGGCUCAGUGUCCCAUCAUCGACCCCCAGUGGGAGAGCGAGGAGGGGGUCCCCAUUGAUGCCAUUAUCUUCGGAGGCAGGAGACCAGAAGGAGUCCCUCUGGUCUACGAGUCUUUCAACUGGCAACAUGGCGUCUUUGUUGGAGCCGCGAUGAGGUCUGAGGCCACGGCUGCUGCUGAACAUAAAGGUAAAGUUAUUAUGCACGACCCCUUCGCCAUGCGACCAUUCUUUGGCUACAACUUUGGCGACUACCUCGCUCACUGGCUGAGCAUGCAGAGCCGCAAGGCCCCCACUCAUCUGCCCAAGAUCUUCCACGUCAACUGGUUCAGAAAGAACCCCAGCGGUGCCUUCCUCUGGCCCGGCUUUGGCGAGAAUGCCCGCGUGUUGGAGUGGAUCUUCAAGCGCUGCAGCCGGGAGAGAGAGGACGAGGCGGCCAAGAAGAGCAUCAUCGGCUGGCUGCCAGUAGAUGGCGCCAUCAACACUGACGGCCUGGGCGGCAGCGUCGAUAUGGGAGCCCUGUUUGAUGUGCCCAAGGCCUUCUGGCAGAAUGAGACCAAAGAGCUGAGAUCAUACUUCACGCAGCAGGUUGGAGCUGAUCUGCCGGCUCAGAUUGGGGCUGAGCUGAAGGCACUGGAGGACAGGGUGCACAAGUAAAACCAUCGUGACGACACAAACGAGGCGGUCGUCCCUGGUGACACAGGAUCACAUCAUAAUGGUGCAAUCAGAGUCACUGCCUGGGUUUAUACACACACAGAGAAUGAAGCUGUGAACAAGGUUAGCUCGGCAAACUAGCUCUGGUUUGAUGCAUAUAAACAUGAAUUAAGAAUUUGUUUGACGUGCUCAACUAAAAGAUAAGACAUUUUUACAACGUAGGACUGAAGCUGAAAAGCUGAAAAACAUGGCAGCCCAUCGUCAUACCUCUUUCUUGACUUAGGACUUUAAAGGUAGACUUGUUUAGUCACCGGUUGACAAUGAAGGUACACUUAGAAAGACCAACACUCAGGCCAGUAUUUACAUUUCUCUGUGUUUGAAAAACACAGUCAGUGACUCUUCUUGUCGGGGAGAGAAAUCAGUUAGGAAUUAAUUUGGGGGGGGGGGGAGUUAAUCUACAAUGCAAUAUUAUGCCACACUGAGAGACUGGUGCUAGGUCUGUGGUGGCAGGGAGGUCUGACUCGACAUGAGUGAUUUUAUUUCCGAAGGUCAGAGGAGCUAAUAUCCCUCCCUCCAUUCACACACACAAUCUGUCGCCGUACUGGAGCGCAGUCAUCAUGGCCCACUUGUGCCUUAUUUAGACUUAACAAUAUAUUCCAGGCUGCUAAUGUUUACAGGCUAAAGCACAAACAUCUUUUUAGGCCAAAUUUUGACCAAAUAGUAGAAACAUUUUUAUCACAUAGGUUUUAAAUGCUUUAAAAUGUCCUUAAUUUUAAAUUGAGGGGGAAAAACAUAUCAGAAGUUCAUUAGCUGCUCAGCUUAUUUCCAAUGGGCUGAUAUUUACUAUGCAUCAUUCAUUUGGCCACUUUUGUAAUGUUUAAUGAUUAAAGUGUUUGAUUCCGGAUGACAUGUGAAAUGUUGGACCAAUAAAUGCAACUGAGAGUGAUAUUUGUUGAAGGUGUAUGCCGAGGUUCUUUACAGUGCAAUGAAUAAAUAUGUUCACACAUGCA